GCCCACUGGUUUACAACCCUCACUCACUUCAGCCAAGACUGAACAAAGGCAGGCAGCAAGAUGAAGCACCUGCUGUUCUGGGGGGUUGCGUUUGCUGCGGUCUACAUCAGCCAUUCAAAUCCUCCAGCUUUCUGUCAGUUGCCAGCUGAUUCAGGUGAAGGUUCAAGCUUCAUCUUUGCUUUGUCUUAUGACCCCGUCAGCGAUCAGUGCAAUCCUUUCUUUUACAAAGGCCAAGGAGGAAAUGGCAACCGGUUUCAAAGUGAAAGAGAGUGCAUAAGGAACUGUUCCGUCAAUGCAGAGGCGAUCUACCCGAUGAAAGCGACCAACGUUUGCCACCUUAAAAAGGCCGAAGGUGGAUGCAAUGCUAAGUCUUUGAGAUACUACUACGAUUCUGUUCAUGACAAAUGCAAGAAGUUCCUCUGGACUGGCUGCUUCGGAAACGGAAACAGGUUUUUUGACCAACUGAGUUGCAACACCACCUGUUCUGGCAUCCACGAUGAUGGUGUGGAAGAGGAGGAAGAGGAGCCGGACACUCCUAUUGCAAUCGUCUGUGGAGUUCUGCUUGGCAUCAUUGUUGUCGCAGUCUUGGUAACUGUGAUCGUCCUGACCGUUCAGUCAAAGAAAAAGAAUCCCAAAGCGAAGGCACAAGCGAAAAGUAAAGAACCUCAGUCUGGCGCACCUCUUCAGAUGGGGGACAUGAAUGAAUCGGCGUAGACAACAUGUCACCUGGACGGUGACAUUUAUCAGCAUGGUUGUGUAUUAUAACACUAAUAGUCUUAAUACCAAACAUAACUGAUCAACGCAUUUCAGUUGAAUUUAGAUUUUUUUUUACUUACUGAUGUAAAAUCCAUUUACAUUCCUUUUUUGUUUCCCGUACAACAUGUGCAGAGUGAUGUUUCUUGAGUUGUGUUAUUCCUUGAGGCCUUAAACUGUACUUUCAUUGAGUAAUUUAAAUAAAUCUUACAUCAAAGUGUAAUCAAAAGAAACCACAGUGGCAAAAAAAUUGUGAAUUGAUUGAUCGGUUGUUUGACUGAAACCAUUAUGAUUAAAUGAAUAAUCGUUGAAGUUUUUUUUCCAAGAAGACUGUCAAUGGUUUUCUUUGUUCAAACUAUUUGUUAUUGGAAUGAUUUCCAGCUGCUUUGCUGUGAUAGACAGAAUAUAGUUGGAUCAGCUGGAGGAAACAAUUUGGAAAUUGUGACAGACAUUUCUCACAAUGUUUAUUUACUCACACUCAAGAACAAACAAGAGCAGAACUGCAUUAUUCCCAAAUGAGGUACUCAUCUGCUUAUAACCCCAAUGCUGUCUUACGAUGUAGUCUUGUGACCAUCUUAGUUUUUCCAGAAUAUAACUUCACCACCUCGCUCAAAGAUUUGCUGAAAAGUAUCUGAAGGAACGUGCCUUGAAUUCUCAACCCAACACAUAUAUUUAGAGGUGUUUUUGUGAAGCGCAUGCCCUCUCUGUUAUUAUGUUUUCUGGAUCAGCAUUUGUGAAUCUUUUGUUUUCAAAUGUUUACGCUCAUGCCUUGUAUUUCGAAAUAAAAGCGGUUUUGCAUAACAAUCUCUUACUUUGUUAUUUUGGAAAAACUGUAGUAGUUGAAGAUAUUAAAGACAUUAUCAUUGUCCUCACUAAUCUGACUUUUAACAUUUCCAGUCCCUCAAUAAAGGUUUAUCAGUAAAUAAAACA